AUGGCCGAAUCAUGCGUCUCCUCCUCCCUAUAUACUAAAAGUUACUACUGGAUGGAUAGAAGCAAUCACUUACAUACUCGCUCGUCUUCUUUCACCUUGUUGAUCCCUAGCUCAAGCUUUUCCUCUGAAGCGGUGAAGCUUGAAGGAGAUCCUACAGGUUGCUACUAUGUCGAUUUGCUACUAUGUCACUCAUUGCAUUUCCUCUGUGCAGUAACGGUGAAGGAACUGCAUGAUAAGAUUCUUGAUUCUGUAAAUGUCAAGAGGUCAAUGCUUCCAAAUGCUUGGCUGUGGUCGUUGAUUGAGAACUGCCAGAAUCAGGAUGACAUUACUCUUCUCUUUGAAGUUCUUCAGAAGCUCCGUAGAUUUAGACUAUCCAAUCUUCGUAUUCAUGACAACUUCAACAGCAAUCUAUGCCAACAAGUUGCUAAGACUUGCGUGCGUGUUGGGGCAAUUGACUCUGGAAAAAAAGACUUUCCUGAACUCAUGGAAGAAGUAAUGACACUCCUGAAAACGAAUGACUUGCCUCUACAACCUGAUAAGUGGGAUUUACUAGGAAAGUACUCGAAAAAAUUCUCCAAAGCUGGAGUUAAGUUGAGGAAGACCACGUUCGAUGUAUGGAUGGACUUUGCUGCCAAUAGAGGGGAUACAGAGUCGUUAUGGAAAGUAGAUAAACUGAGAUCAGAGACAUACAAUCAACACACUCUUUCUACUGCUUUUUCUUGUGCAAAGGGUUUCAUACUUGAAAGUAAACCUGAAGAAGCUGCUGCCGUCAUCCAGCUUAUCUGCCAGACAUAUGGUGACGACAAAAGUUCAGCAGUGUCGACUGAAUUGAAGAAACUGGUAAAUGAGUGGCCGGUGGAGGUUAUCAGGCGUCAAGCUGAAGAAGAUAAUAAGGCUCUGGCUGCUGCAUUGAAAUCUGUCAUUUCUUCCAUGAUUAAUGCGUUGCUAAGCUCGGGGUUGAACUUUAGCGUGGACUUAGAUGAGUUAUACAAGAGAGAAGCUCUUCUCAGCUGA